AUGGGUUUCUUUGAAGAAAUAUCUCACAAUUAUGGUCCUGAAACAACGAAGGAACUGAAAUUAUGGAGUACAAACAACAGGAAAUUAGCUGCAGCUCUAAACAGGCGAAUAUUUCUUUUGGAGUUUAAGCGACAGGGACUUAUACCAAAACAUAUAACAUCAAAUGUUAAAAGUAUAAUGGGAUUAUUUGAGUAUAAUAAUCAACGAUUGAAUCGAAAAAUACGCGAAUUCAAUGAUUCAACAAGCAAAAAAAUAAUAAACCUAGAACUGUGUCAGGUUAAUCACAAAAUAAAAAGACUGGAAUUACUCAACACCCAGAUAAGACAGAGUUUACAACAUUUACCAGAAUAUAUGCUUAUACAGUAUCAAGACCGACUGAAAUGCUCGUUCAACAAAGAGUUCCACAAGAUUAAAAUGACAAAUUUAAAGAAAAUCAACAACCUCAAGACAACUAGCAUUCCGAACGUAACAACUCAAGAUAGAUGGAUAAAAAAUUUAUCUGACAAAGAAAUACCAAAUACAGUCAAAAGUCUGUUAUCAUUAGGAUCCAAAUUCAGUGUAACAACUACAAAAAAAGAUAUAAACAUUGAUCGCAUAAUAGCAGAUACAGAAUAUAUCCUAGAAGCAAUACCAGAUGGAAGAAAAAAUGUACAGAGAGCGAAAGUCACAAAUGCAGUCACAAAUUAUAUACAUAGACCUAAAGAAGAAAAUUCUCUGAUACAAAAAUGGUAUAAGGACACCAAAUGGUUUUUAAAAGAAAACAAUAAUUUAAUUAUAUUGAAUAGUGACAAGGGUGCAGUGACAGUUGUAAUGAAUGAAAAAAUGUAUAAUGAAAAAAUUCAAUCUAUUUUAGAAUCCAAAGAUUUCAAGAGACUACCCAGAGAUCCCACACAGACAUUACAAACAAAAUGUAAUAAAUAUAUUGACAAACUAGGAGAACUGAAAUACAUAACAAAAGAACAAAUGAAGCAAAUGAAAACAUACAACUCUGUUGCGCCAAGAAUUUACGGGAAUCCAAAAGUUCAUAAAGAUGGUUAUCCCAUGAGGCCAAUAAUAUCAAGUAUAAAUAGUCCAAUGAAUUCCUUAUCUAAAUUCAUUGCUGACAUACAGAUGAAAACCGCAUAUGAUGAAGAAAACCAAUAUUAUGUCAAAGAUACAUUCCACUUUGCAACAACAGUUAACAUAUUCAAAUUACCAGAAAACUACACACUAAUCUCCCUAGACGUCAUAAAUUUAUUCGGUAAUCUGGACAAAAAUGACAUUAUUGAAGUCCUGAAACAAAAAUGGGACAUAAUUAAAGAACAUACAAACAUCAAUAUGGAGCUGUUUAUGGAAAUUAUUUUGUUUAUAUUGAAUAACAACUACUGCGUGUUCAAAGAAAAAUAUUACCUUCAAAUAUUUGGAUGUGCUAUGGGUUCUAAACUAAGUCCAAGACUAGCCCAAUAUGUCAUGGAUCACUUGAAUGGGUACCCGAGAAGCCUUGUUAGUAGAAUUUUUCACACUUCUACUCCUAUGGUGACUCCUAGUUGUCCACCUGACUCGGAUGGUGCUGAUAAAAAGUACAAUAAACUUAUUUAUAUACCGGGAUUAAGCCAGAGGUUGAUAAAAGUUAUGAGGAAUUCGUCAUCAAUUAUCGUCUCAUAUUAUAAUAAGACCGUCAGAAAACUAUUUUCCCAACUUAAGGACAGGGAUCCGGAUUACAGGCAAUCGGGUUUGGUUUACAGAGUCAAUUGUAAAGAUUGUACAGGUACAUAUAUCGGACAAACUAGACAGUAUUUUGGUACCAGGAUUAAACAACAUCAAUCAGAUUGCAUGAAACAAUCCAACACAACUGCGCUUGCACAGCAUGCCAUGUCUGAGGGACAUCAGUUUGAUUUUGAUGACGCGAAAAUUCUGACCAGGGAGAACAAUUGGUUCAAACGUGUUGAAACUACGAAUUGGUGGAUGCGAAAUUUUUAG